AUGUCCAGUUACCAAGACAGAAAGACUCUCGAGGAGAACGGUAUCAGUCACAUUGAUGCCCAUGGGACCUGCUUCCGCCUUGUCACCGACACUGACACGAACGGUACACCGACAGGUUCUAGGAUCGAGCAGCUCAACUUACCUGCUAUCUCAUGGAACUAUGGCGAUGGAGCUCAGAUCAAGAUGUCUGAUAGGGAUGCUCUUGAGCAAGCAAGAGUCCGCGCAUACAGGAGCGCCGGUGAUGCGUUGAGAAUCCCAGAGAUCCAGUCAUCGUCAAUGAAGCGAUUCUACUCAGGCCACAAAUCCAAGUCCAGGAAAUCUCGAAGGGAAAGUGGUAAGACGAGCGGCGGGGAAGAAUCACGUAGCAGAACUCAUGAUGACCCCGCCCACGGGGGGCAAGGCUCAUCAACAACUGCUGCUGCAACAAUGCCAGAAGGAGAUCACAGUCUGUCAUAUGAAGUCAUGACCCCCGAACAGGCCGCCAACCUUUUCAAAAGCUUGACUGCCGAAGAGCUUCAUUCCCUGGAAUUUGGGACGGGACAGUAUCAGCCGUCUGAGCAGAUUGAUCACAGCGAGAUGAUAAAUGCUUACCUGUCAGGUGAUGGAGCUGCUUCUGCCCCCUACACUGAGGAGCUGGAUUUUGAUUCCUGGUUAGCGCAAUAA